UCGAAGAGGCGAGGCCUCGGGUCCGAACUUCCUCCCACGGUAGCUUCGGCGGCGCCUAGCCUGCGUCCGCACCCUCAGCCGGGGUCUGAGACCCCCGCUGGCGGGCGUGGUGGUGGGUCCAGAGCUGGAGGCCUGAAUCGGGUGGCAUUCUGGCGAGAGGCAGCGAGCUCUGCGACCCUGCGAGAUGGAUGGGGCAGAAGGUAACACGGGGCAGCCCGGCCCUGCGGAGCGGUCCCAUCGAAGCAGCGUUUCCUCCGUGGGAGCCCGAGCACAGUGCUCACACCCUGAGGACCUCAACACCCCGGAAGGGCCACUUCUACCCGUUUCCUUCCCCUGCAGGGAGAAGUUGGAUUCCUUCCUUCCUGCCCACCUCUGCAAACGAGGCCAUGGCCUCCUUGCUGCCUUCCGGGGCCGUGGGGCCAAGACCGGGCCAGGCGAGCAAGGCCUGCUGAAUGCCUACCGCCAGGUAAAGGAAGCAACAGGCGGUGACAGUGAGCCUGAGACCACCUUGGGCUCCCACUAUCGCGCCUACCUCCUCAAGUGCCACGAGCUGCCCUUCUACGGGUGUGCCUUCUUCCAUGGAGAGAUCGACAAGCCGGCCCAGGGCUUUUUGCAUCGGGGUGGGCGCAAACCGGUUACCGUGGCCAUCAGUCUGGAGGGUGUGCAUGUCAUCGACAGCAAGGAGAAGCAUGUGCUGCUGGGUCUGCGCUUUCAGGAGCUGUCAUGGGACCACACAUCCCCCGAGGAGGAGGAGCCUGUGCUCUGGCUGGAGUUUGAUGGUGACAGUGAGGGCACGCCUGUCAACAAGCUCCUGAGGAUCUACUCCAAGCAGGCUGAGCUGAUGAGUGGCCUCAUUGAGUAUUGCAUUGAGCUGAGCCAGGCCGCUGAGCCCCAAGAGAGUGCAUCUGGUCCCCAGGAAGCUCCCAGCCCCUCUCUACCUUCCAUUCAGCGCCCCAAGCUGCGGAGACAGGGUAGCGUGGUGUGUAGCCGGAUUCAGCAUCUCUCCACCAUUGACUAUGUGGAAGACGGCAGGGGGAUCAAGCGGGUGAAACCAAAGCGCACCACAUCCUUCUUCAGCCGGCAGCUCUCCACCAGCCAGGGCAGCUACACCGUGGUACAGCCCACUGAUGACAGCCUGGAGCAGAGCUGAGGGAAGCCGUGCCUGACAUCUGGAUGCCGCAGACCUGAAUAGGCACUGCCCUAGACAGGACCAAGCCACAUCAGUCCCAGAGGCUGUGGGCCUGGGCCGUGCUGUGCAGGAUCUGCUUUGGAAAAGCGAUGUCCGAGCCUGCCCUGAACCUGACUGGGAGGACUAGCCUGCAGCCCUCUCUACAACCUGCUUCUUCCUGAACUCCAGGCCCAGCAGCUGCCCCUCCUGUUCAUCCCCACGUGGACUGUGUCCUCUCUGAAGGGGCUGCUGGCAGUUCCGAUGGCAGGUGACUGGCCAGAGCUCAGGGCCCGCGAGUUCAGUGUUUGCCCUUGGUCUCUAGGACCGCAGUGACCGAUCUUGUAUUCCUUCUUCUGACAUUCCUCCCACACUGCCAGGACAGGCUCUGCCUUCUCUCCUGGGGUGUGUGGGACUGGAAUCCGCUCUGCACAUGGAGGCCUGUGUGUCUGGUCUCUCUCCUAGGGACUGGCUCCACACUCCACACAAGGCAAGCCCUUCCAUCUCCCUGAGCUUGAAUGGCUGUGCCACACGUGCCAGGCCCGUUCUUUUCCUGUCUUCUGGGUCUUGGGUGUUAGAUUUCAUCUUGUCUCUUCUGCCUUGUUGAGAUGACCUGGUAACUCAAGCAAUCCCCGUGCUAGCCUCAGAACUGCACUGUGGGCCUCCCUGAGGCCGGCCACACUAACCCAAGCCUUUUCUCCUAAGGAUAUUGUAAGGGAGCCUGGCUCUGCUCCCCUGGCAGCAGCGACUGCUCUAGAGAGGGGCUGGUCCAGGGUGGGAUGCUUCCCAGGCCCUCAGGCCCCACCCUGGUGAGUGUACAGCUCCUAGUACUUCCUGGGAAUUCCCACAGGGCCCCAGAGACACAGAGCUCAGCUUUGUCUUCUCAGUGGAAAACCACAGAAAUGCAAACCCUCACAUUUCUCUAAGUGAGAGCAGCUUACCUGCCCAGUGGGCUCCUUGGGGUUGGCAGCAGAUUGAAAAGGCUGGCUUCGCUUUUGGAAUGUCUAUUUGUCGUGACUUUACCUGCACUUCUAAUCAGUCCUCUUGGAGCCAUAUGCCCUCCCAGAGCUGCCCGCCUACUCUCUGGGCAACAGCCUUGGUCUGCCCGACUGCUGUUGAUGGUUCCAGGUGUGUUAUGUGAGGGGCCAGGAUGUGUGUGUGUGUGUGUGUGUGUGUGCGCACACAAACUAUGUAUUUCCAUUAAGCAUCACUUGUGCCUUAACCCUCUGGGACAGAGCACUGUGACUAGAUGUCCCGAGUGUCCUCAGUCUUUCCUGUCAUUUGACUUAUUAAUAAAAUCAGUGCCUACCAUACUUUGGCAUGUUUAUAAUA